GUUCUUUUCACUUUUAGACUUCCGUAGUUAGGAAUUUCUUCUUUGGAUUUCGUCGACUACAAGCCUGGUUUCUUUUUUCUUUUUCUUUUUUUUAAAUUUUUAUAAUAAUUAUUUUUUCAAAGUGCAAUGAAUCUUUUGAUUUUAUCCAACUAAAGUCUUAUUUUGCACGCUAACACUCUUUCGAGUUUCAUAUCAAUUGGUUGCGCUUUCUUUUCCUUCACCACUGUUAUCAAUCAUCAAUUCCUCAUCAUCAUCUUCUUUCCUAGGUAAAAAAAUUCCAGAAUUUUCCCAAUUUUGCUCAUGAUCAGUGUGUUUGAGACCUGAAAGCUUCCAUUUUUCUGCACAGUCAUGCUUGGUAGUGAGAAUUGAUUUUCGAGGGCUGGAAAUUAAAUUGGGGGUGAAGUAAGUUGAUGGCUGGAUUGAACGGUCCAAGGGUUUAUAGCUGCUAUAAUUGUCGAAAUCAAGUUUGUCUUCAUGAUGAUAUUAUCUCCAAGGCUUUCCAGGGAAGAAAUGGCAGAGCAUUUUUGUUUUCCCAUGGUAUGAAUGUUGAGGUUGGACCUAAGGAAGAUAGGCAGCUCAUGACUGGCCUUCACACGGUUGCUGAUAUAAAUUGUGCCGAUUGUCGACUAGUUUUGGGGUGGAAAUACUUGCGUGCUUAUGAACCGUCACAGAAAUAUAAGGAAGGGAAGUUCAUUUUCGAGAAGUCCAAAAUCGUCAAGGAAGAUUGGUAGCUUGUUAACUAGGUUUUCCUUGUUCCAUUUCAUGCCCUGUAUGUUCUUUUGGAAGUGUGAAAAUGCUUUUCUGUACAGAAGUUGUUCCGGCUAAGUGUUCAUUCUUGUCACACAGUCUGCUCUGCAAUGUACCAUCAUCAACUGUUGCCUUGAUAUAUUGUGAAUAAAAUUGGAUUGUUCUUUAGA